AAAACCAGCCUGACAACACUUUCAACCCUAACAAAAUACAGAAUUCACAAAAUGCACUAAAUUUAACCUCAGUGCUGUAACUUUGAACAGCUGUCUUUUAUUUGUGUUUAACAAUGCGGCAACCGGUUGCGAUUUUAACCAAUUGCAUAAUUCGGCGUUUUGUGCAAACUCAAAACAAUCUGCACCAUGCCAAGCAACAACCAAACAACCUCAAGGGAAAAAGCAAGAGCUCUCAGGAAUGGCUGACUCGCCAACUCGCGGAUCCCUAUGUAGAGAAAGCCCACAUGCUGAAUUAUCGGUGUCGCAGCGCUUUCAAACUCCUGGAAAUGGAUGAUAAGUAUAAAGUACUGAAGCCUGGCGAUGUUGUGAUUGAUUGCGGUGCAGCUCCGGGCAGCUGGACCCAAGUAGCCGUCGAACGCACCAAUGCUAAUGGAAAAAUAGAGCGUUCACCUCGCGGAGCAGUCUUUAGCAUCGAUCUCUUACAUUUUCAUGCUGUGCCAGGUGCCACAAUUUUUGGUGGAAUGGAUUUCACUACACAACUGGCCCAAAAACGUCUGCGGGAAUCACUCGCAGGUCGUCAGGUCAACUGUGUGCUCUCGGACAUGGCGCCGAAUGCUACUGGAGUUCGCAUGCUGGAUCAGGAAAGUAUCACAAACUUGUGCUACGAAGUAUUGAGGUUCGCUUUGGCCAUGUCAGCACCGCAAGCAAAUUUGGUGAUUAAAAUAUGGGACAACGGAGAUGUCCCCAAACUGGAGCGCGACAUUCUCUGUUAUUACGAAAAACUAAAACGUGUUAAACCUCGGGCCAGUCGUGGGGAUUCGUCCGAGCAUUUUUUACUAGCCAAAGGAUUUAAAGGCGUUCCAACUCUUACCACUUAGUUCUAGAAAAUUACUGCAUUAGGUUUAUAUUUUGUUUAUAAAGUUACCAUAGUCUAAAAUAUUAAUUGCUUGUUUUAUAUCAAAAAUAAAGGGUAUUUCCAAGA